CCUUUAUGAAGUUCUCACGUAAAAUUAUUCCGAUUCCUCCAAGUCAUUGCAUUUUUCAAUAAACAUCUCAACUAUCCGCAGCACCUCGCAUGUUGUAUCAAAUCGCUCUACAAAUAGAAUCUUGUGCUUGAUACAGGAAGUUCGAUGUCAGCACUAACGAACCAUCCCGCACCCCCAAGCCCCUAGCCACUCUCCCCCUCAGCCGCAACUCUCUAUCUCUUCCCAUUAUUGGGCCUCCAACAUAUGCCUCAUUUACUAUGACUGGCCAGCCUCGUCCCGGCCCCCUCAGCGUUGUAGGACAUGCGCUAUGCUUUGGGCAAAAGAGCAGGGCCACCAAUGCGCUGCUUAUCUUCCUGUGCCACAUUCAACAUCCAGCUGAAGGAAAAUGGAAAAGUCGAAGCUCCCACUAUGAAGACUUGACAUCGACGACAUGUCGUAUGCAAUCGACCCAAGAUAUACUCCAGUGGGCAAUUUCUCCCCUUUAGACGACGACAGGACCAUCUACAGUAGUCCAGGAUCGUACGCCAGACCGUUUCCACAAUAUGAUCCGAAUCGGAGCCAUGGAGACCUGGGAGAUGCGGGUAUUGCGAUGGAGUCGAGGAGACCAAAUCCGCCGAGACAUGAUAGGAGUCAUGAUACGAUGUACUCGACGUUCUCCAGCAACAACGGAUCUCAACCAGAAAUGCAUUCUUUCUUGCACGACCCCAUGAAUAAAAUCGACACUUUCUAUACUGCGAAUACCUUCGUUCCAUAUAAAGACCAUUCCGGAAAACAGCUGCGACAUAUUCUCCUCGGGAGUUCGUUCAGAUGGCUGAUUACUGCGGGGUUAUGCGGGGGAUAUAUUCUCGCCACGAGAUUAUGGCAACAGCAAGGCGCGCAGAGUGAGGCUAGGAAGAAAGUGUAUAAUGCCCUGACGACGGGAAUUAGUAUUGCGCUGGGUUUGAAUAUUGCGAGUGCAUUUAGGGAUAUGGCGCUGAACAUGCGAUGGCCAAUAUUGAGUGGGAGGAAGAGAAAUUUAGUUGAGCUUGAUCUUAUACUCAAUGCGGACAGUUUGACGAAGUUGGUGAAGUUAAUGCUUGUUGCGAGGAGGCCAUUGGUUGUUUUUGUGUGUAUCUUCUGGCUGCUUGUGAAUCUGAUAAGUCCAAACGGACUUGUUUCGAUCCCAAAAUUGGAUCAUUUCUACCCCCAAGGAGAAGUAACCUCAGAUCCUUCGAUCCAUGAUGAGGAGUAUGCUGCGCAUAUGUAUGGAGCUUUGAGCUACACGUAUCGCUUAAAUACCUCUGAUAACUCACCUGAGGCUGGCAAGAUCUAUCAGCCACAAGGUGCCAUGCUCUACUACGACCUUGAUUCCAGGAGUGUCGAGCACACCUUCUCAGACUCACCAACAGACGAACCGAUUGGCACCUUCUCCGUCUACACAUCCCGAACAAUCAAAGUCACGUAUGACUGCUCCGCGUAUCCAGUCACUGCAAAUGGAACUGGCACGUCUAUUGACCUGGUCGUCGAGACUCUCGGCAACAUGACAGUCGAAGAAACCGUCCCAGAUUCAACCACAUUUCUCACUCACGACAACCACACCUGCGCAGAUAACCAGCGCUGUUCUGUAGUCGAGGCUUUCGAAGCAUCAGAAACCGAUCCCUGGUACUAUGUCUGCAAUAUCACUCUCGGCGAGACGCAGAAAGACCCUUAUAAUGUCUCCUAUAUCUCGGAUCAUAUGGCUCAGAUUGCAACUGCCUCGAUUGCCCAAGUUGGAUACACCGACUAUCUUGGCGUAGCCUCACAGAUCUACCCGAGAGAUAGUCCCUGGGGAUCCACUGCCAACGGCAGCACCGACGAAAUCGGAUUGGCCAUCUCAGUCUUCGCUCUAGGAACCAUCGCCGGCGCAACAAUGUACAAUCCCUACACGAGCUACAUCGGCAGUGCCCCCAGCCAAGGCGUCUAUCUCCACGUUGGACACCCGUACUUCUUCUACCUGAUUAUCGGUCUGAUCUGCGGGUGUCAUUUGAUUUUUAUCGUUGUUGUGGCCGUGUUGACGAAUAGGGUCAUGGUAGGACCGGAUGGACACUUGAGCAUGAGUUUGUUGUUGAGGCCAAUUGCAGAUGCGUUGAAUGGUGUAAGUGGUGGGAAGGAGAAUAAGGCAUUCAGGGAUGCCAAGAGGAAUACGACGGUGUUAUAUGAGAAGCCUGACAGGGGUGGGCAAAGGUGGAAGUUGAAUAUGAUUGAUCGUUGA